AUGCUACUGCUGCUAGUUGUGGUGGUCUUGUGUGAGUGCCACCUCUCCCUUUUCCCAUUUGCGGCACGCGUUGCAGAGCAACUAGCGCAGCAAAGUAGUGGGCGUCAUGCACUUCGCCGGCGUUGUGGGCUGCGGUGUGCUGCUGUACACGCCGCUCGCGCUGGCCGCCGCUGCGGCUACCACGACUUACCCUCAGCUAGUGGUGGUGGGCCUUGUCGGCGCCGCUGCCGCCUGCCUCGCGCUCGCCGUCACGGCGCUCUUCUACGCCGCGCUGCCGCACAACGAUUCGGCGGCGUUAUUCCUCGUUGUGGUGCACGUUGUGGCGGCGGCGGUGCUGCGACUGCUGCUGCUCUACGCGCUUUACUACACGGAGUCGCUGCUG